UGAUAAGCAUGUAGCUCUGCAAUUUCCUGGAGCUAUAUGUAACUGGCUUUAAAAGGCGCCAAGCUCUCGAGUUGCAGUUGCAGUUGCAAAUAUGAAGUAUGUGUAUCUGUUGCUUGUGGCAAUUGGUCUGACACUGAGCCUAGUCAGUGUCCAAGCCAAGCCAGCGAAGUGCACGCAGGAGACAUCGAUGAAGGGCAUGCCACAAGAUGGGGCAGCCUGCAUGGCCUUUAUGCCCAGCUGGAGCUAUGAUGCCGCCAAGAAUGCGUGUGUGGAGUUCAUUUUCGGCGGCUGUGGCGGCAAUGACAAUCAAUUUGGCAGUCGUGACGAAUGUGAAAAGGCCUGCAAGGACUAAGUGGGGCACUGGAGUCGCCGCCACUUGAAGUUGGGCAAAACCCAACAAAAACAUCAACAACAGCAGCAGCCAAAGCAAAUAAUCGAAAUUAAAUAAUAACACAACAUACAAAAACCGGCAAGCGUGUUUUCGAAAUAAAAACAAAAACAAAAGAUUUCACUAUAA